CGCAGCUCCUCAUUCCACCUCCAGGAAGUCGAACUGGAGGAGGGGGGGCAAACUCAGGGAGGCGGGGCUCGGCUCUCACCACGGGGACAGCACGACGGCCCACGGCCCCCCGCCUCUACCCCGCUCCGGAUCCGGGAUCUGAGCGCCGGCCGAGGUGCCCGGGCACUCCCUCGGCGGGCCGGAUGGCGGACCCGGGCCCAGAUCCCGAAUCUGAGUCGGAAUCGGUGUUCCCGCGGGAGGUCGGGCUCUUCGCGGACUCUUACUCGGAGAAGAGCCGGUUCUGCUUCUGUGGGCAUGUGCUGAACAUCACGCAGAACUUUGGGUCCCGCCUCGGGGUGGCGGCGUGCGUGUGGGACGCGGCCUUGAGCCUGUGCAAUUAUUUCGAGAGUCAAAAUGUGGAUUUCCGAGGCAAGAAGGUGAUUGAACUGGGUGCGGGGACAGGCAUCGUGGGGAUCUUGGCAGCGCUGCAGGCCAGCAGGUGGCACCAUCUUCGUUUGGUGCGUUCCAGUGGAAAAUUUUGGCCCUUCCGCCGCGCCGUAGGUUUGUCGCCUUACCGGUGCGCGCCCAAGAGGGAGUGUAGUGCCGCCCGGGAGAUGUGGAUGCUGCGGUCACUGCGCGUGUUCCUGGUCGCGCGGACCGGGAGCCACACGGCGGGGUCCGUUCUGCGUCAGUCGCCCCAGCCACGGCACACAUUUCAUGCUGGGCCAUGUCUGUAUGCCUCGGCCUCCAGCAAGGAGCUCCUCAUGAAACUGCGGCGGAAAACAGGCUACUCUUUUGUAAAUUGCAAGAAAGCUCUGGAGACUUGUGGCGAGGACCUCAAACAGGCAGAGACCUGGCUCCACAAGCAGGCCCAGAAGGAGGGCUGGAGCAAAGCUGCCAAGCUCCAAGGGAGGAAGACCAAAGAAGGCCUGAUUGGACUGUUGCAGGAAGGAAACACGACUGUAUUAGUAGAAGUAAACUGUGAGACGGAUUUUGUUUCUAGAAAUUUAAAAUUUCAACAGUUGGUCCAGCAAGUAGCCCUUGGAACCAUGAUGCAUUGUCAGAACUUAAAAGAUCAACUGUCUACAUACAGUAAAGGUUUCUUGAAUUCCUCUGAGCUUUCUAGACUUCCGGCAGGACCUGACAGAGAAGGCUCACUCAAGGAUCACUUGGCUUUAGCAAUUGAUCUGCAUUUCCAAAUCAGAGCUGUCUCUGAACUUCCACUUCCUGAACACAACUUCUUGCAGAACAUAUCCUCUUGACUGCUCUAAGCACCUUAAAGAUAACACCCUCAAGAUGUAGCUCUUCUUUACUAAACCUGUAUUUAUCUGAAUCUCCACUUUUGAUAAGUGGUAUCCAUCUAGUCAUCUAAGGCAGAAACCUGGGAGUUUCCUAGAAACCCACCAUAUCCAAUGAGUCACCAGGGCUGACCAACUUUACCACGUAAGCAUUUGUCAAAUCUGUCAGCAUCCCUCCAUCCCUACUCCAGUGCCCUUAUGUGGGCCCACAGUAGCUCUUACUUGACCAUGACAAUAGUCUACUGAUCGCCUUUGUUCCCCCAAAGGCCAUAUCCUCUGCAUGUGGAGUCCGUUGCUAUUGAUCCUAAGAUUAAAAAGUGCAUGAUGAUAGGAUAGCUUGAUUUUUCCAAAGCAAGGUGGGAAAAUGCCCAGGAUGGUGAGUUUCAAACAUCACUCUCUUCUCUCCACCCCUGGCAAAAAAAUCCCAGACUUUCUUUUGGUCACUACUGACAAAGGUUUGAUUGAGUUGGGGAUGGUCCAGGGCUACCCUGGGUUUAUUCUAGGGUGGGGAUACUAUACACAA